AUGGAAUGUGCAUGCUUGAUGACAGUCUGUAUUUCAAGAUUUAAAAGACUAGGUUCAUAUGAAUCGGCAUUAAGGAUUCUCAUGGCUAAUGGCGUAUUUGUGGUACUUUCAUUGUUACAUACCUAUGUAAGCAGAUGGAAUUUAAGAAGAUUAUUGAGAUCUGUUGAAUGGAUUGAUCCUAAGAAGUAUUCUCCAGCAAGAUUAACACGUAUCUUAUGCGUUGCUGAUAUUAGAAAGGAUCAAUGUAAGUUCCCAAGAAACUUUCCUGAAGUAGUUUUACAAACUUAUCCAGGAAAUCCUUCUGUAAUUGUGUUUUCUAUUUUAUUUAAACUAUAUGAUCCAUCAGCACAUAAGGAAUUACUUGAAUUUGCUGAAAAUCUCUCAAUGUUCUACUCAACAAAUAAAUAUUUAAGUUCAAUGUUGCGUUCAAUCAUAUUCAUUGCAUCAGGAACCACAACAACUAAAGGAACAAGCAUUUCCUCAUCUCUUUUAUCUAUUUGCUACAAACUUGAAGAACAAUAUUGGUAUUAUGUAAUUCAAAACAACACAAAGACAGCACAAAUGGCAUUUCAUGAUCUUACACAACUUGUUCAACGCGCAAAACCUUUCUUUGAAAGACAUAAUGCUGUUAUUGGCGGUAAUGAAGAUUUUUCAAAAUAUAUCACUUUGCGACCAGAAAAUUAUGAAGAUAAAAUCAUGGCUGAUUCACUAGAGGAAGAAGACAAAUCAGAUAAUCCGGUAAAUUCGAUUCCUUUAAUUGAAAAUCAUGAUGAAUAUUUUCAAUUGCGUUUGAAAAGUAUCAAAAAAGUAAAUCCAUCAAAUUUCGUAUUUACCAAAUCAUUGGGUGUCAUUAUAUUAACUAUUAUUGUUUUGGGAUGCAUACUUGGCUAUCUUUUUGGCUCUGCAUCGGGAAUUCCUCCUCUCAGAAUGUACAAAAUGGUUCAAAGAAUGUUUUUGGCGUAUUCAAACAUUGUUUCUGCAUGGUAUGUACCAAUUUCAUUGUAUCUUAAUGAUGCUAAAUCAGAUGAUCAGAAGAAACUCGGUUUAGAAACAAUCAACACAUCAUUUGAUAAUAUUUUUACAAUCAGUUAUUUAAAGAAUACGAAAAACAUUUCAGAACUCUUCCUGAAGGCUCAAGAAGAGUUAAUACAAGCAACAGAAAACGAAACAUUCGUAAGUAAUUCAAAUACAACUGACAAAUUGUUUAUGUUGUUAAUGAAUAGAUGCAAAUAUUUAUAUACAACAUUUAACACAUAUGGAACUAAUGCAGACAAAAUGGCAAAAAUAACAUUAUAUGGAUUAACAUUUGUAUUAGCUAUUUUCUUAGUUUUGUUUUAUCUUUUGAUGUAUAGAUCUCAGAAAUUGUAUUUCUAUUUGGGCUGCCAAACAAUGCAUUUCAAAAAAAAUUAUGUAUCAUUUUUAAGAAAGAAAUAUCAAAAAAUGAUCCUAAAAGAAACAAAAACAUUGCCAGAAAGCGGAAAAUUCAACAAUUCUUAUUUGACAUUUUGUGUAGCAUGCUUGUUCCCAUUGAUUAUUGGUUAUAUCUACGCAUUAGACAUCAAAAUGAUUAACAAACAAUUCAUUAAUUUUAUCAAAGUAUCAUUGCUUACAUCUCAGGCGACACCAAUGAUUGCAAACAACAAUAUAUUGAUUCCACUUUUAAUGAAUGAUUUGCAGAUUAAUGAAUCAUUAUCAAACAUCAAGUUAUCAUAUUGUUUUCUUAUGGGUUUGAAUAAUAAUAUUUACACAACAAACUUGAGCUUUGAGUACGAAUCCUUUUUCAACCAAACAUCAUAUGAUUCCAUCAUCAAAUCUGAUUCCGAAAGUCAUGAAACACUAAUUAGAGCAAUGAAAAAUGUGAACAAACAAAUAUUUGUUGAAAUGAUGAACAUUUCUUUAGUAUUAGUUAGAGAUUUUUAUAUCAUUUUGAUGGAAUCAGGAUUAAAUCAAAGCGUGAGAGAUGUUGCUAGAUUAACAAUUCCUUUGAUCAUAUAUUCAAAGAAUCCUUUAAUUAAUUUCUUGACAGAUGUCAACAAAAAAUUGAAUUUUUUGGCUGAUUCUGUAUACUUUACUUUUAUUUCUGCUCCUAUUUUAUUCUUCAUUGCGAUAUUUGUAAUGAUUGUCUAUGGAAUGGUGAUUAUAAGUAGAAUUAACACAAGUGUCGAUUUGAUGCAAAGAAUGAUUUGCCUACCAAAAUAUGAUAAUCCAUUUUUCGAUGAAAACCAUAAUUUCUUGGGAUAUAAAGAUCAAGUUAAGAAGAUCACAAACGAAAUAUUCAAUUCAUUCCCUAUUCCUACAUUCCAAGUUUCCAAGGAAAUGAAAGUUGUUGAUCAAAAUCAAGCUGCGGAGGCAAUUUUUGGAGAUAUCAAAGGAACAUUGAUGCAUAAUAUUCCAAUGGAAAUUACUGAUUGUUAUGGAACAAGAAAUUAUUAUAAUUACUCUACUUAUUUAAGGAAGAAUCUUCCAUCAAAUUUGGAACUGAAAGGUGAAAAAGUUGUAAUUUCUAAUGACAUGACAGGAUUGUUUAAUAAGAAAGAAACUUUAAGAAAUUUGUAUAAAGACAUCAGAUUAACAUUCUCUAUUCCAAAUGUACUGCAAAGAGAUAAAGCAACACACAUACAGAAUGUUGCAAUAGUUAACUUCUUAUUUAGCUCAAAUGUUACAAAUGAUCAGUUCUUGAGUUAUUCAAGCAAAAUAGAAGAUUUCUUUUCUCAAUUUGUUUCAUUUUUCAUGUUUGAAAAGAUGAGAUUUUCUUUUUAUGUUUUGUUUUAUGAUCCAAAUUCUAGCAGACAAACAUGUAGAGAUGCUCUUGCAUUUGCUCAAAUUGCGAGAUAUGAGGGAGUUAACAGAAAGAUUGAAGUAAAAAUUGCUGUGACAAUGGAAGAUGAAUUGAUUGCAAUGGCUCAGAAGAAUGAUAUGAUUUGGUCUGUUAAAUUCCCUAAUUCUAUUCUUUGGAGAUCGGAUAUGAUGCAUGCAAACAUUGAUUACGGAAGAAUUAUAUGCUUAUCAAAGAUGUCUCCUGGUAUGCACUUCUCUAAAACUCUUAGUUUAGGAGUUCAUCAUGAACAAAUAGAAGUUACUACACUCUAA